ACGCCUCUCACACACAUAACAUGUAUAUUACCGAACUUCAACGCACAUUAGGCCACUUCACGGUCAAAUCGCAUUCUGCAGUGCUAUUGAGCGCUUGUAACCUAACUAGGCACUGCGGAAUAUUGGAUGGUUUUGGGUUACUUCAUGGGCGGCACAGAUACAUAUCGUCGGGGUCUAGCACUUUGAAUCCAGGAUCAUUCUGGACUAGCAAUAGGAGCAAGCAAUCUUCUUUGGAUGCCCAGAGUAGUACCACUGUAGAUACAUCCCAACGCAAUGGAGCCUCGAGUGAUAACGAGAGUGCUCCAUUGCCUUGUUCCACGGCAAGUACCGUGGAAUUAACUCCAUUGGGUGAAUCAGAUGGACACAUAAGUGACCCGGUACAAGAAGCUUUAUUCGAGCUUGUGGAAUCCCAUAAUGGCAACCGAAAGGGUAUUAUACAGCGGAUGCUGCCAGUGGAGUUUAUGCGGGAUGUACUUACAAACAUUCACGAGUCCACUGGGUUAUCGUGGGCGACAACAAUCACGCUAUUGACGUUGACCAUGAAGGUUGCAUUCAUACCACUAUGGGCAAUGGGUGAGCGUGCAAGGCGCAAUAACGCCCACCUGGUACCUAUCGCAACGGAGUUACAGGAACGACUAGCUGAGGCUAGGAAGGAAGGUAACGUGAAGAAAUCGAUGGAAAUACAGCGAAUCAUGUACAAGCAGAUGCUUAGAAAGAGUUUUUUGAAAAGUGCGGGUUUGCAGAUCCUAGCUGCUGGAACCCAGGGGCUUACUUUUGCCUGGGUAUACGGUGGCCUUAAAAUGUUUGCCAUCGAGCCUCGGAUAUGCCCUGAUUUUGUAAUGGAGAGCCCGCUAUGGCUCAAGAGUCUGGCUCUACCAGACCCGUAUUACAUAUUCCCCGCUACGCUGUAUGCACUCAUGAUGUCGAUAUACGAAAUGAACCGUGUUACCGCGGAGCGAAUGCGCAAAUCAUCGGGUAAGGAGAGCAAUGCCAUGCGGGAGCAGGAGGAGCGCCAGGUGAAGAUGAAGUACUUCACCCGUGCGGCUCUGGGCAUGUUUGCAUUAUUUAGCUGCAGCAUGACCUCCAGUACAUUCUUCUACUUGAUCCCAUCGUUUAUGUUUCAGACCAUACUGCGGUACCUAACUCAGGGCGGUCCUGCAGCCAAAGCGCUGCGGUUACCCAUUCCCGUCAUACCGCCGAGUACCAAGUCAGAUACCAAACGUAUGCAAAAGGUGAAGGGAUUUUAGUAGUACACUCCAGGGUGAAGUGACCCUAGCAUAGACAAUAGUAACAUUUG